UAAACAAUUUUCUUUCAGUUGUUUAAUUGCUAACCUUUUUUUAUAUCAUGGAUAAAAUGACACCAACUACAGUUGCAGUAACUGCUCUUGUUUCUUUAAUCACGGGUUACUAUAUUGGAAAUCAUUUCGGGCAAAAGAAUGUCGUAGAGGUUACAGAAUUAAGAGCUGAAGAGGAAGAAGACAGCGAAGAAGAAUUAGACGUUCUUCCUGAAGAGUCUAUUGAUGUCAAAAAAUAUGACAACUUCAAAUUGACACUUGUUGUUCGUUCAGAUCUUGGAAUGACCAAAGGAAAAAUUGCCGCACAGUGUGGUCAUGCUACUUUAGCAUGUUAUAAAGCCGCCAAAAAAGUGAACCCCUUGUUAUUAAGAGCAUGGGAACAUUCCGGACAAGCAAAGGUCGCUUUAAAGGUCGAUAGUGAGGAUAAGCUCUUGGAAUUACAAGCCAUUGCCCUUAGCCUUGGUUUGCCCGCUCAAACUAUCCAAGAUGCUGGUCGCACACAAAUUGCACCUGGAUCUCGCACGGUUCUCGGUGUCGGGCCAGGACCUGCCGAACUUAUUGACCAAGUUACUGGGCAUUUGAAACUUCUUUAAAUUUUGUACCACUUUUUAUUUGAAUAAAAGAUAGGGUUUUGUGUUUUACAUUGUGACACAAGUAGAU